CUCUUUCCGGCUCUGUUUCCCGCACGGUCCGCACCCCACUGCCGGGAUAGAGAGGAAGGGCGGGCGCGGGUGGGCGGGAAACAGCCCAGCCCCGAACAAAAGGCCGGGGAAGCGGGGCUCCCGCCCGUGAAAUGCAGGCCGGGUCGCGCUGGAGCCGCUGCGCGGGGCGAGCCGCUGGCGGGUGUGGAUCGCACUCCUGGGCCACCAUGGAGACCUCACCCUCGAUUUAGUUGUUAUUUAGUAUGGAAGAAGAUGAGUUCUUUGGAGAGGAAACGUUCCAGCAUUAUUGUGCAGAAUUCAUUAAACAUUCACAGAAGAUAGGCGAUGGCUGGGAAUGGAGAACUUCAAAGGACUGUUCUGACGGCUACAUGUGCAAAACACAGUUUCAAAUUAAAAAUGGGACUGCAGUGUCACAUCGAGGAACAUCUGCCCGUGUACAAACAUGUCUUCCCAUGGAGGAGGCUUUAGAGUCACUCCUGGAUGAUUUUGAGGUGACAGAGACCACCACGGCAACCGAAGUGAUUAAAUAUGAGUAUCAUGUCUUAUAUUCCUGCAGCUACCAAGUGCCUGUGCUUUACUUUAGGGCAAGCUUUUUAGAUGGAAGCCCUUUAGCUCUGAAGGACAUAUGGGAAGGAGUUCAUGAGUGCUAUAAGACUCGGCUGCUGCAUGGACCGUGGGACACUAUUACCCAACAGGAGCAUCCGAUACUUGGACAACCCUUUUUUGUACUUCAUCCCUGCAAGACGAAUGAAUUCAUGACUCCUGUGUUAAAAAAUUCUCAGAAAUUCAAUAGGCACUGUUCUAAGUAUUUCGGAUAUAGUAAAGCACUGGAUUCCUGUAACACCCCUCCGAGCUAAGGACCAUUAUUUUGCCCAGUUUGCAGAGGAGGAAGCUAAAGCACAGAGGGGCUAAAUGACUCCGCUCAGGUCACACGUCGAGUUAAGCGGUGGAACUGGCAUUUGAACCCAGGCACUUUUGCCUCCAAGCCAUGCACUUAACUGCACUCUGCUACCUUAGCUAAUGUUGUCAAUUGCAUCAACUUGGAAUCAUCGAGGGAAGUCAGGAGCCCCAGUGCCUUGACCUUCCCUUCAACUGCUUUAGUGAGGGAUGGAUCCUCAGCCUCUUUGGCCCUCGAGUCGCUGUUAAGCAAUGGGCUGGCAUUUGGAAAUGCUGAGAUUCCAGGUGCUGAGCACACGUCUUUGAAGAAAGCCUCAUUUCUAUGAUUGUUGGUAACUGAUUUUCUACCACUCAAACAACUACAAUGGAAACAGUUUUCUGUGUUUCACUUAUUUCCCAGGAAUGUCAACUACAUCACGUCAUGGCUGAGCAUGGUAGGGCCAGCUGUCGGGCUGAAUCUGCCUCUGAGUUACGCCAGAGCAGCCUUUCAGGAU